AUGGAGUCCGUCAACACCCAGCCUCCCGCUUACAAUGACAAGAUUGGGCAGGAGCAGAAGUAUGAGCAGGAUAUCGAGGAUGAUGUCGCUGCCAUGAAGCAUGGUGAGGUCUCGGAUGCCUUUGGUAACGAGGAGUAUGCCGAGAUCAAGUACAAGACUUUGAAGUGGUGGCAAUGUGGUCUGCUCAUGAUUUGCGAGUCUGUCUCGCUCGGUGUCCUCUCCCUGCCUAACGCUGUCGCUACCCUUGGCCUGGUUCCCGGUGUCAUCUUGAUUGUUGGCCUCGGUCUCCUUGCUACCUACACCGGAUACAACAUUGGUCUCAUGCGUGAGCGUUACCCCCACAUUCAGAACCUCGGAGACGCCGGUGAGAUUUUGCUGGGCCGAUUCGGCCGCGAACUCUUCGGUGGAGGUCAAUUCCUCUUCUGUAUCUUCGUUAUGGGCAGUCACAUCCUUACCUUCCGCGUGAUGAUGAACACCAUCACCAACCACGGCACCUGCUCCAUCGUCUUCGCUCUGGUCGGCAUGCUCAUUUCCCUCGUGCUGUCCAUCCCCCGUACCAUGAAGGGCAUGACCUGGAUCUCGUUCGCCUCUUUCAUCAGUAUCUUCAGCGCUGUCAUGAUCACCAUGAUCUCCGUCGGUGUUGAAGAACACCCCGGCCGUAUCAUCGAAGCUACUACCACACAAACCCUCUACACAGCCUUCCAGGCCGUCUCCAACAUCGUCUUCGCCUACUGCGCUCACGUUGCCUUCUUCGGUCUGAUCGCCGAGAUGGAGACUCCCCAAGACUUCAAGAAGUCCCUUUUCAUGCUUCAGGGCUUCGAAAUCUGCCUUUACCUCACUGCCGGUGUCGUCAUCUACUACUACAUUGGUAGUGAAGUUCCCUCUCCCGCCCUCAGCGCCGCUGGUCCCCUCAUGAAGAAGGUCGCCUACGGAAUUGCCAUCCCCACUAUCGUUGGUGCCGGUGUCGUGAACGGUCACAUCGGUCUGAAGUACAUCUACUUCCGCUGCUGCUCCAAGUCCGGCCUGAUCCACCAGAACAACUGGAAGUCCAUCAGCAUCUGGAUUGGCCUCGGUGUUUCCUGCUGGGUUGUUGCCUGGAUUAUCGCUGAGGCUAUUCCCGUCUUCAGUGACUUGAACAGUUUGAUCAGUGCUCUGUUCGCUAGUUGGUUCAGCUACGGUCUUAGCGGUAUCUACUGGUUGCACUUGAACAAGGGUUCUUGGUUCGCUACCAAGAAGAAGAUCGCUUUGUUCGUGCUGAACGUUGCCAUUGCCCUCUUCGGUCUUGCUUUGUGUGUGCUUGGUCUGUAUGCCUCUGGUACUGCCAUCCACGACGACACUAGCACUGCCAGCUUCACCUGCAAAAAUACUGACACUUAA